AUGGCGGAAGUAAUCGGGGUAGUGUCAGGUGCCGUCACAUUCGCGACCCUUGUGGUCCAGGACCAAUUUCGUGAUACAUCCAAUGAUCUCCAAUGGUUUCUGGGAGAAGCUGAGGUCUUUGAAACUAUAAUGGCUGAUAUUGAGGUGGACAUAUCACGAGAGCCUAUCGCAUCAUCUCUUCAGGGCAGUCAACACGCUUUGCAAAGCUUUUACUUCUACAAGAGGGCUGCUGAAGAUAUGGAUGCAUUGUGCAAGGAUCUCAUGCAAGACGUUAAUUCGUCGAACCGGCUACGCAAGUCCUAUAAAGCUGCGAAGGUAGUGUUCCGCCGAGGGAGAAUAGAAAAACAUAGAUCAAGAUUGCAGAACGUUAUCCGCUUAUUAAUGCUAUCUCAGCAAUGUUAUACAAGGUAUCUCUACACUCAAGAUGUAGAACCAAGGACCGGGGCUAAUAUAUGCAGAGCACUCAUUCAAGUCCAACCAGAUUUAAUUGCGGAGAGAAUAAGAGAGCGUGAUGUUAUUUCCUCAACGACAGAAACUAUAAAGGCUCAUUCCAAAUCGCAUAAUUGUUGUUUAGACAUAACGGGAAUGCCAGCCGGAACGUCGAAAAGAAUAACAAAGAGCGAUGCUCGAAAAAGCAGUUCUGACUUUACGUUCCGAACUUACACUGAAAUUCCUUGGAAUGCUGGGGUUGACAGAUUAGUCAGGGAAGGGAAGAUAGAAAUUCUUCGGAAUCUUUUUGCCUUAGGGCAACUUUCAGCUCUUCACCGAAAUGGAAACCAUACUCUGCUCUAUGAUGCAGUCUGCCGAGAUAGGAAUGAAAAGGUUGUGGAAUUUCUUCUUAAUGAAGGGGCAGAUCCAUUUAUCGAAGAUUAUCCACGCCGAUUGACACCCCUUCGUCUUGCUCUAUGGAUUAGAAAGCUCGCACCAUCGAAUGAGGACUAUCCGCUUUUACCAUAUCUACGUGUUUUACUCAAAAAUUCAAAAGACCUCGUCUAUGGGAGUCCCCAAGAUGUGGUCAACGGGGUACUAUCCGAGUUUUACGGAUCGGAUGAGGAAUUCAGAUUUUUACAAUAA